GAGAGGUGGUGGGAGAGUGUGUGAGAGACGGAGAGGAGGGGCGGGGAAGCAAAAAGAGCUGCACGCAUGAGGGGAGUGAGCCAGGAGCCCAGCAGAGACAGGGUUGUGUGGAUGUAUGUGUGAAGGCACUGCGCAUGUGUGACUGUGAGGUGCACUGACUGAAGCAGACAGCGGAGGAAAAAAGAGCAGUAAUGAACGGCUGCUGAGCGAUAACAGCAGAGGAGAGGGGAAGAGGCUUACCUGAAGACCACAAGGCAGGACGGUGGACAGGAGGGAAGGGAACGGAUGAGAGAUCAGAGGCGCAGCACAGAAAAAGCUGAAUAAUUUGGGAGAAGGGCAAAAAAUAAGGAGAUGGAAAGGAAGAUGGGAGAAAUCAAGAACUCGAAAGAACAGAAACAAGGUUAAGGGUGUGAAAAACAAGGAUAACAGAGAGGAGAGAGGAAGAGGAACCGAGGAUGAUGAAAGCCGCAAAAUGAGUCCACCUUGUGAAUGCUUCCUCCAUCUUACAUCUCCUCCAUGUUGUUGAUGGUCCUAGAAUGAAAAGGACAGAAGAGAGCAUCCUUCCCCUGAUGAGACAUUUCCCGCACAAAGAGCCAAACGGUGUAUCAUCACUGGAAAGCUUUGCCUGCAAGAACAGAAGCAAGAAAAAAUCAGGAACAAGUGCACAGGUAGAUGCUCAAUGGGAAUACUGAAUCCCAUGUUGGAACGCCUAAACCGGGAAACAAGCACAGAGGUGUCUGUUUAACUACAAUCCCUCUUUCCACACACUCUUGGGACUCUGAAAGUAAAAAAAAACCAAAACAAAACAAAAAAAGAACACCAACUCCUCACUCCCAUUUCUAAAGAAUCCAAGGACCUUGGACUUUGAAGGAGUCAUUCCAAGAGCUCUCUGGAGCAAUAUGUAAGACCUCCCAUGAACAAACAAAAAAAUAAAUAAAUAAAAGGAAAAAGCCUCCUCCUUUUUUAUCAGCAAGCCAAGGAAAGGGGUCUCACAAGGUCUCCUGCACAUACUGGACCAACAAUAAGAAAUAAGGACGUUUAUUCUUUCUUUCUGAUACUUCAAUAUAAACCACAACUGCAUUCAAACCAGGAGGCUAAGCAAAUAAUUGAGUGAAAAGCGUUCCCAUCGCAUGACGCAGGUCAAAAAACCUUUGGGAGCUACUGUCUGUAAUCAAACAAAAACUGUCUGUGACCAUGAAACUAAAAGCUGUGUAAGAACAUGUAUUAGUCUUUAAGUAUAACAGAACUGUGUGUGCUCGACUGACAGCAUCAGGUACAGGAAUAUAAGCUUGAGUAAAAAUGUAAUCUUCAUUUUAGGUGCCAGCACUGUUAAAACGCUGUAAAGCAGCUGUUACUGUUACGGACACUUGUGUUGCUCUGGCUGAGCUCCUCUAUCGAGCCCCUUCUCACAGAGACUCAGGCUGACGGGGGAUCUCUAAAAGAAACAUGGAGGGCACCUUCCGUCCCCAUGUCCCCUCUACUGGCUGACCUCAAAGAAGGAGUCUGAUCUUCUUCUGCAAGAAAGCAGGGUGUCAAGUGCUGAUUAGAGCAACAGCCGUCUCUUCUCAAAAUCCCAUAAGAGUGCGAAUGUCCUGCCUUAGGCGCCAGCCGGUCACCAUCCCCAUGGACACCGUGAAGAUAAUUCAGUCUGAGAAGUUCCCUAGAGAAUGCCCUGUGCCCGUCACCCAACCACGGUACGCCCCUCCGCCUAGAGUGGCGUGGGACGGUGGCGGUGAAGGGGAAAUCAUUGUGAACCAGGCCUGCAGUGACCUGACUCUGGACAUAUCAGGGUCUACAAGGCCGAUGGUGUCCCCUCCGGCCCCCAUCAUGCGCAGGGAGCACAGCUUCCUGGCGCAGCGGAAAACCAGUGCCAAUGAAAUCUGCUACCAUCAGUUCCACUACAAGAUGGACGACGUCAUCGUCAACCAAUAUGUACUGCGCUCCUCCUCCACCUCCUCCUCCACUUCUUCAUCGUCCUCCUCCUCAGGGCCUGUCAUGCCCUGUGAACCACUGGACUGCCCCACCUGCGGCCACACAUACAACUUUGCCGGGAAGCGUCCCCGCAUCCUCUCCUGCCUGCACUCGGUGUGUGAGGAAUGCCUGCAGAUCCUCUACGAGUCCUGCCCCAAGUACAAGUUCAUUUCCUGCCCCACAUGCCGGCGUGAGACGGUGCUGUUCACUGACUAUGGUCUGGCUGCUCUCGCCAUCAACACCAGCAUUCUGAGCCGCUUGCCCUCCGACUCCAGCGGGCCUGUGCAGUGGGGUGGGGACGCUGACCGCAGCUGCUACCAGACUGUGCGUCAAUACUGCCAGUCAGCCUGCACCUGCCAGAUCGCCAACCCCUUGUCCACCUGUGGCAUCAUGUAGGCAAGCGGGGAGGGGGCUGGGGCACAAAGGCAUGACUCCACGCUGCUUCCCUCAAACACUUCUCAUGUCUAUAAGCUAAACCCCCUUCUCUCACACAUACAAUGACUAAAUCCCUCCAUAGAUGUUAUCUCUAUAUUUCAUAGCACAGAUGGAUGCUGUGUGGAACUGAUGGUGGUUCAGUAUAUAAUAAAUAAAUAAAUGUAUUUUAUGUAUGGACUGGAAACCUAUUCACCCUCUCUUGUUUGGUUGGACGUGUUUGUCAUGUCAUCUCUUUACAUGGGAAUGCCAGGGAAGCUCUGUUUCUCUGAAUUAGGUGAAUAAAGAUUAAAUAAAUAAAAGUAACUGUU